GAAGAUGAGAAACCUUGUUGCACAUCUUUAACUUGCAAAUGUUGGAGGCAUAAGUUUUUUUUUUUUUGACUAGCACCGGGUGUCCGAGUCUCUUUGAGCCCCGACUAAUCCCGGGGGUGCACAGGCCCUCGGCAAGGAGUUUCCCGCAAGUGCACCACGGUUAAUUCAGGGUUUCCCCAGUCCGAUGGCCCCCAGAAAUUGUUUGCACCCAGCGGGUUUCGAACUUGAGACCUUGAAGGGGAGCACCCCAAGGCUCAAGUCAAUUGCCACCAGGCCAACCCCUGAGGGUUUGUUGGAGGCAUAAGUUGAAGCAAGUCAAAAUGCAAAACUUUUCAUGUAUGGAGCAAAAGGAGCUGAGAAACCAUUUUUUCGCAAAUCCGGACCUCAUAAUUAAUGAGGUUGUUGGGCCAAGCUGUGAAAAUGGGCUACAGGAUGACCCAUUAAGUGGGCUCGGUAAUCUGCCAAGAAGAAGCAAAAGGGAGCGGUUUCCAAAUCAGAAACUGGCUGAUUAUAUCUGCGGUGUUGUCUCAAGACGUCAGCGAGGAACAAUAUGCAAUAAGCAGACAAGUAUUAGAACUAGUUUAAAUAGAAUAGUGAGAGCAGGGUAGUAGUCGGAAAAGUUGGUUAAGAUAUUUAUCUUUCUCUGUCUAUGGCUUUAUCUUCCCUUUAUUUCCUGUCUUUCUUCAGCAAGUAUAUCAUUAUCUUGUACUGCUAUCUUAAUCUUGUACUGGAUUCCAAAAUUAUCAGAAUAUCAAUUCCUAUUUCACUAUUUCAUAUUUGUUCUAUGAAAUUCAUGACAACAGAUAUCGACGUUUCCCCACAAUGUUUUGAGUCCAAGAUUUCAUUUUAAUAAAUGUACUUUGAAUUGAAGCUUCUUUGGUUCUUUGGUGUGGUGGUUGUAUGUAGUCGUAUCUUUUCAUAAUCUGGAAGAAAUUUGAUCUUGUCUAGUUGGAAGAUAUAUGUAUUCUUUGACGAUGGGAAUUUUUUGUUUGUUGUGCUCCUAUAUCUUUUUUUAAACGACUAAAUUUGACUAUUUGAGCAUGUAUGGAGCAAGAGAAAUUGAAUGAUUAUUUCUUCUUUCUGUUGCCAUUGGUAGUGACAAACGAUAUAACAAUGCUAGGGUGGAGUAUGCAAUCAGAAAGCAUAUUCAAAAACUGUACCCACAUUUUCUCGGGUUGUCUGUAGAUUCUUGGCAUCUUGGGCUUUCCUAUUAGGCAACUCUCUUUCAGAUACCUUGGGGUGGUUCUAAAAUACUAUUUGUGGCACAAUGUCGUUUUAUUUUGGGCAACAACACCAACAAUUUUCUCGUUGUUCACGUUUGUUCUCUAUACUUUGAUGGGCCAUCAAUCUGAUGCAGCAACGGUUUUCACUUGUGUCGCACUAUUUAAUAACUUGAUUUCUCCACUCCCUUGGGUCAUCAAUGGGUUAUCGAUGCAAGUUGUGAAAAUUCUGUUGGUUUCCGGUUUUAUCCUCCCCUAUUUUAUAAUAUUUGUUCACUAAUUAAUUUGUUUUGCUGGCAGCAAUAUCUUCUAGGAGGUUAUGCAAUUAUCUAUCCUGUUUUGAACAAGAGAUAGACAUGGAACAACCUAUCAAUUGUUCGGAUUUCUCUUGCUCUAAUAAGCAGACAGAUGUGUCUGUUGUCAUCCGUGAUGCAUCUUCCACGUGGUCUAGCAGUGACCAUAAGGAAAUAGAUUUGGUUUUGGAUCAUGUUAAUCUUCUUAAUCCGAAGGGUAUACUGGUUGCAUUGGUUGGAGAGGUGAAACUCUGCUUGAUACUUUUAUAAAUUAUUUAUUCAGUAGCUUUGAGCUUAUUAGAAAUGUGAGAAAAGCUGGACCAGGCCUCAUUUAAUGUGAAAUUUAGAGUAUCUAAAGCUUGGUUUAUGUUCUGAAAUUUAAGGUUCCCUUUUUUCCCAUUUUAAAACUUUUAGGUUCGGGGUGACAUUUCGUAAGUGGGUGUAAACAAUACAAACUUGAUGAUAUAACGUUUCUCCGAGUAGGUUGGGUCAGGUAAAUCAUCUUUGUUGAAUUUGAUUUUGGGGGAACUGAGGCUAAUCGAUGGAUCUGUGAAUCGGGAUGGUUCUGUAGCAUAUGUACCUCACAGGUGAACAAACUGCUGUUAAUAUUUGAUGUAUUAUGCGGCACUCUGAUCUCGUAUUUUGUCUGUCUUUUCAGGUUGCUUGGAUUCUCUCAAGAACCAUACGUGAUAACAUUUUGUUCGGGAGCGAGUAUUACCCAUGGAGGUGUAUUUCCUUCACCUUUUGACAAGUCAAUACGAACUUGUUUGGACAGUUUCAGUUGCAUUCAGUUUUCAUUUUCUCUGCAUUUCCAAAUUCCCAAUUCUAAAGUUAACUUCAAUGUUCAUUAAGCUAAUAUUCUGAAGGUUUAUUAAGGAGUCACUACUUAACAGAAGCUCUUCUUGGAUUUUGAUGGGGAGCAAAUUCUAAAAAGUAUUACAAGCUUGUGGACUUGCAUAUUUCCAGAAUGAUGGGAGGUGAUCUAACCUCUGUUGGAGAAAAAAGGAUUUAACUUAUCUGGUGGACAGAGAGCUCGUCUUGCACUUGCCAGAGCUAUUUAUCAUGACGCCGAAAUUUGCCUUCUUGAUGAUAUCCUCAGUGCAGUUGAUGCUCAUGUUGAUUGUUCAAUUCUACAUAAUGCAAUUGUAGGCCCUCUGAUGAAUCAACAGACUCACAUCGUUUGCACACAUAACAUUCAGGUUUUAUAGUAAUAUUAUAAUUUUUUUGAUUGGAACUUGUAAUUAAAUAAUGAGCAAGGGCGGUUUCGAACUAAUCACUACAGAGAAGUUUUAUGCUAAAUUGCUAAUAUGUAUAUGGUGAACACAAGCCAUUGGUUUUUCGUAGCUCAUUAUAUUUACAAGUACCAGACACCUUGCAUUCUGAAAAGACUAGCUGCUAUUGCUAAUUGAGCCAGACGAUGGACGUGAAUGUCCUUUUGACCUGCAAUGAUUGUGCCUAGCUCUAUCUUCAGUGUAAUAGUUUCUUUUCUCUAUAUUCAGCAGAUACUGAUCAAAUUUACCAAACAAAUGUUUCUUAAUUCCAAUUGUAGUUAAGUAUGUGAUAGUAAUGGCUAGUUCCUCGGUUAAUUGAUCAAAUCAAGUUUUUCAAAAAAGAAUUGGAAUCUAUGCCAAACGCUAGCUUAGAGAUUAAGAUUCGUUCACCAAUGCCUUAUACUUACUCUAUGUUUUUUCGGAACAAAGAAAGGCUUCUUGCUGAAAACACUACUCCCUCCGUCUCAAUUUAUACGAUAUUUUUCGCUUUUCGAGAGUCAAUUGACUAAACAUUAAAGCUAAAUUGGAUUAGAUUAAUUUGAUAUUUAAUAUUAUAAUUUAUGUAUUUGAAAACUACGUGAAAAGUACUACUCCCUCCGUCACAUAAGUGUCACCUAAGCCAAAAAAAUUGUCUCAUAAUAAGUGUCACCUUAGGAAAUCAAGACACAAAUUGAUCGGUUUUUUUUUCCAAUUCUACCCUUAGACAAAAAGUGAUAAAUUAAAGUAACAUCUAAAUGAUGAUUGAAGAAGCCACGUAGUAACUUGGUAAUGUUGGGAUUCCCAAUGUCAAAAGAUUUAUUACUUUAUUUUUAUUAUAUAGGGGUAAUUUGAUAAACUUCACAUUGCAUUAUUGGUUUCUUAAUAUACGUUUUCUUUUUUGCUAAGAUGACACUUAUUAUGGGACGGAGGGAGUAUAAGUUACAACUUUUCAUAUCAAUUUGGUGAAAAAAUACAUCUUAAAAUGUUGGUUAAAAUUUAUGCAGUUUGAAUAUGGGGAAGCAAAAAAUAUCAUCUAUAUUAAGACAUAGGCAGUAAUAAAUUUAUUCUCCCUCCAUUUCAAUAUAAGUGAAUUUCAGACACUUUUUUUAUAGUUCAAAAUAAAUGAGUAUAUUCAAAAUUCAAAAUAUCCAAAUUCCAAUUUUCCUUCAUCUUUCUUUACAUACUAUGACGGACCAACCCAACCCCCAAAAAACAAGAAAACAGAAAAGAAAGAGAAAGAAAUAAGAAAAAGGGACAAAAGUGAAUGGGGGAGGCUCUGCCCUUUUUAGACUUUGCGACACAAACAGUAACUUUAGGGGUUGCAUUUGAAAAUGGAACAUUUGAGCGGUAAAAUGCGAAAAAAGACACCUGCCUUCUCCACCUCUCUCCUGCCAUUUUUCAAAAAUUGAAUGUGUACUCCUCGAACUCCCCCAUUAAACUAUUACUCAAAUCUCACGUCUCUCUGAUCCCCUUUGUCCUCUCCACACUCUUCACUUUGACUCUCUUUUGCCAUGGGUUGCGUUUCAUCCACUCUGCUAAACCAGGACCAUGAAUUCACCCAAAUGGGUGGCUCUGCUGCCGGCUUCAGCCAUCACAUUGUCUCUCUCACUUCCACCACUUAUGGUCUCAUAACCCUCGACCCACCUUCCUCUCCCCCACCCCCCACCACCACCACUACGCCUCCUACCCCUACCCCACCCCCUCGACACACUCUUGGUUCCCUUUUCCCAAGCCCCUUGUCUGAACCAAGAAUCCUCAAGUCACACACUUCUGACAUUAUCAAUUCUUGGGAACUUAUGGCUGGUCUUGAUUCCAACUCCACCACACCCAUCACUGACAGCUUUCGGUUUCCAUCUUUACGCAAAUCACCAUUCUUCAACAAGGAGAAUUCAAGCCCCAAUGUUGCUGAUGGGGUUGAUAAAGCUGACAUUUUUAAGUUGUCUUGUGGUUCUGAGCUUGAUGGGCUUGAAAAGCUUUGUCCGCCAAACGGUGAGGAUAAAAUAGUGAUCUAUACGACGACGUUGAGGGGUGUGAGGAAGACCUUUGAGGCUUGUAAUGCUGUGAGAUCAGCGAUUGAGGGGCUUGGGGUUUUGUAUUCUGAGAGGGACAUCUCAAUGGAUAGGGGUUUUAGGGAAGAAUUGAAGGAGCUGAUGAAGGGUAAAGAGAGUAGUGAGUUAAUACCUCCAAGGGUGUUUUUUAAAGGGAGGUAUAUUGGUGGGGUUGAAGAGGUAAUGAGUAUUGUGGAGGAGGGUCAUUUUGGGGAUUUGCUACAAGGGUUACCUAAGGUGAAAGCUGGUUGUGUUUGUGAGGGUUGCGGGGGUGUUAGGUUCAUGCCUUGUUUUACGUGUAACGGGAGCUGCAAGAUGGUGAAGGAAGACGCGGAACAGAAUGAAGGCAAAACUGUGGUGAUAAGGUGUACCGAGUGUAAUGAAAAUGGAUUGGUGCUUUGCCCCAUUUGCUGCUGAUUGAUGCAGAAGCUGUGACUGUGAGGACCUAGCUCGGGUCCACUACUAUUUGUAACGCAGUAAAUCGAUUUUGUACACACCAAAAUGCAAGAGGAUACUUAACAGAUAAAGCUGCAAUAUUUUACAUCGAGCUCUCAAGGGCAUCUUCUGAAAGAUUUGGCUGAAGUUUGGGCACAUUCGGUGAAACAAGUGAAGAUUCAGCACUAAGUGGUAGUUUCUUAGAUUCUGAAUGAAACAACUGGCCUAUAGGUGUUAUCUACAUGUAUCAUGAGAUGCAAUGUGAAUUAUAACGUACCAACAACAUUCUAUAAUAUAUCAAUGCUAAGUAACAUGAUAUUUGAAUCUAAUGACAUUUCAAAUAUAACAUUUCCAGAAUGGAUUGUGUUCU